AUGCCGCCCGGAGAUCUGAACCUGAAAAAGUCCUGGCAUCCAGGCUUGGCCAAGAAUCAAGCCAAAGUAAAGCAGCGAGAAGAGGAGGCUCUCAAAGAGCGUCAAAAGGCUGCCGAACGCCAAAAGGAGAUCGCCAGUGAGCAGUACGAAGCGGAUCUGCUCAAGCUGCAGGGAAAACAAGCGUCGAAAUUAGGAUGGAUGUACCGGGAUGGUGCGGAACAGAAAAAGGGGGGGUUGUCUGAUGCAACGAAAGAAGACUACCUGCUUGGAAAGAAACGUGUUGACGAGCAGUUCUUCGAGCAGUUUAAGAAAACCAAGCAGCGAGAAUCGAUGAGCCGCCAGGAGCUUCAAAAAACCAAAUUGGACCCUAUGGCCGCCAUUAUUGCCCGCAAAAAGCGACGAGAUGCCAAGAAAACUGGAUACCCGCAGAACCCUCACCGUGCGCCCAUCGUGCUCGCCAUGGAGAGCGGCCGUAACUCUGUCAAGGUGGUCGGCACUACAUCUGACCACGGCAAGUUUGCCCUUCUCGCCCAGCAGAUCGAAGGGGACGCCGGAGGCUACGUGACGCCCGAGGCGGUCGCCUUAAAGAUUGCCGAUCGGAUAAUCCACUUUUUCCCUGAAAUUGAGACAGCAAUUGACCUUUGCAGCGGCGCUGGAGGUAACUCAAUUGCAUUCGCAAGAUGUGGAUUCCAAACCAUCGCGGUGGACGUAGAUCCGGCCGUACACAUUGACGCGCAGCACAAUAGUCAUGUCUAUGGGGUGUAUAAUAUUGAGUAUGUUCAAGGCAGUGCGACAAAGGUACCCUUAUCUGAGCUUGCCGACCCGGCCACCACUAUAGUGUUUUCCUCCCCCGAGUGGGGCGGCCCGAUCUACAAGAAUCAGGAAACUUUUGACGUCGAGGUUUGUCGGCCCCGAGUCAGUGAAAUCAUUGAGCACGCCCAUUCGCAAGGGUUCAAUCGCAUUGUGCUUUUUUUGCCUCGGACAAGCAACUUGAAUCAGCUGGCUGAUAUGGGUGCUAAAUAUAUAGACUACAUGUUCCAGGGCACCUGGUGUACGGCAAUGUGUGCAUGGUGGUGCUAG